AUGGAGUUGUCUUUAAUUGCUCGUGUCCGGGAUGGCCUUAUCCUCACCACCUCCAUUGAAGGAAACGAUAGGGUAUGUUAUUUUGCACUAGUUUCAUGUGAAAGAAAUUCCCUUCGGUCACCUUUCUGAUUAUUUUUAUCUCAGCACGAUUCGAAUCUGGUGAAGUAUUCCAAUCAAGCAAAAAUGUUGUUCAAAAAACUGAAUGGCGCCCCAGCAGAACAAUCCGUUGAAUCCGGACCUUACGUUUUCCAGUAAGUUCCCGAAGAUUGAGGAAUUUUCAUUUGUUAACAUUUUUACAGCUACAUCAUCAAAGACAAGAUCUGUGCUCUGGUCUUAUGCGAAAGAAACUUUCCGAGAAAGACGGCGUUCGCUUAUUUAUUGGAUAUUGCAAACGAGUUCAAUAGCCAGAAUUUCAAUAAAAUCGAGACCGUUGUUAGGCCUUAUCAUUUUCUUGAAUUCGGUGAGAUUUUUUUCUGGAGAAAGUAAUUUGUGGCCAUUUUCAGAUAAAUAUAUCCAGCAAGCUAAAAGGAAGUAUGCUGAUAACGGGAGGUUCGUGUUGCAGUUUUUUUCAAAUUUUUAUUUUUACGCUACAAAAUUUCUAAGGUUUAGUAGGAAACUUACGAAGCGUUGUUUUUUAUUUAUAGAUGCAACUUGAAAUGGAAUAUUGAGAGAUUGAACCUUUCUUAAGCGUUCCAUAUUUUUCAAACUACUACAAAGGUCCUGAAAUUUUUCUAUUCGAAGUGGUUUUUUUCUUUUGAUUUUCGGGAUGAAAAUCGCUUUUGAAAUAAAAAACUUUGAAAAAAGUUCGAAUCUUAAAUUGAACUGGAAAAUGUCUUUUCAAGUUUCUCAAGUUUUCAAGUUUGGAGAUUACAUUUACAUUAUAAUGAUUAGCGUUUUUAUUGAAAGUCAGUUGCAAAGAAAAACUGAAGAUAAUCGAAAACCAUCACAUGUUAAAUGUCACACAUGAUUUUUUUUUGUAUCUUUGAAAGAAGUUUCAACGUUUUUUGAUCUUUCCUCUGAAACUUCACAAAUAACUUGUUUUCAGAAGAUUUUUUUUCACUGUUUUGUUACUCCGAACACUUUUGAUCUUCAGAUUUUCGAUGGACGCCGUUUCGAAUGAAUUGCAGGAUGUCACUCGGAUCAUGUUCUCCAACAUAGAAGACGUUAUUCAUCGUGGAGAAGCUCUAAACAGUUUGUUUUUUUUUUUGAGACUAUAUACUGAAAUUGUACUCAAAGUCAAAGAAAAUUGAUAAAACCCCGGAAAAAAACCUUCGGAACGGAACUUUUAAUCAAUAUCUUCAAUUUUUUUUGUUUUGAUCAAGUAGCUUCUAGUUUUGAUGAAAAACUUAUUUGCAGUUUUGGAAAAUCGGGCCACCGAACUUUCCGGUAUGAGCAAAAAGUUUCGAGAAGACGCCAAGGCUCUCAAUAGAAGGUUUUUUGAAAGAGUUUCCCAGAUAUGAAAUAACUUUUUCAGGUCCACAAUUUUCAAAGUUGCUGUCGCAGUUGGUCUUUGCGGUCUCAUUUUCUUCAUCCUCCGAUUUGUGCUAUUUUGAAUUUUCUGAAACUAGCACAUACUUCUUAUUUUCUAGUAUUUGGGUAUGGGUUUCACUAAAUUUUUAUUCUCUUCUCUGGUCAUGUAUUUUUACGUUGUCUAUAUAAAAGUUCGAAUUCCCACACUGCUGGUUUUUAUUUAAUUGUUUUAUGUGUUUGAGUUCAAGUGGUCCUCUCGCUCAUAAUCAUCGUUUGUUUUUUGUGUCCAUCGAAUGAAACUUCCUGUUUAUGUUUUGAACGUGGAUCAUGGAUCAAAAAUUUAAAAAAAAAUGAUAGCUGAUUGGUGUAAAAAUUUUCUUUACACGGUUGCCUUGCAACUUUCAAAUUGUGAAAACAAUGUUAUUGAAGUAUUUUUUUCAGAGGUGCAUUCAAAACGUUCGGAAAACUCAAUUCAUUUAUGUAACAAUCCUUAAAUUUUUAUUCUUCGAGUUUUUUUCAGAAGUUCUAUUAAUUUUAUCAAAUCCGAACUUCUUAACUGAUAUACAUUCACAAAGUCGUUCAGUGUUCAAAUAAAAUUCCCUUUGAAUCAUUAAAUAAUUGAAGAGAUGUUUGUCGGUUCCAAAAACUGUCUUUGACCAAGAACGGCCCUUAGAUCCGCACAUCUUUUUUUUUUUGAGUUAAAUGGACGAGUUUUGAGUUUCCCGACGAUCAGAUACUUCUCCAUGUAGCAACAAUACGGCGCUCAGCUUCCUCAGAGCCGACGGGCGUUGGAUUAAAUCUCAGACGAGAAUGUAAUGUUGUAUUUGUGGUCUUUUUUUUCUUGAAACAGAAACACUGUCAGCUAUGAGAGCAAGAAACUCCACAAAAGUAUCCAAAAAAAAUGUUUACAAAAGAUGGUAAAAGGAACCUUCUGAUAGGGUUCGUAGUUUUAAUUACAAGCAAAAAUUGAUGUUUCCUUGACGAGUUUUUUUGUUCCGAUUUUUUUUAUUAUCCGUUUUCUCCUUUCAAGUUCUACUGCAAUAUUUCUUUCCUGAAGGUCAGAAAAAAAGUUGAUGAGAUCAAAGUCGCGUGACGGCCUACGAAGCAAGUAAUUCAAGCCUUCUAAUGUGGGCUGUUUAUUCAGGACAUAAUUAAAACUUGGGCGCUUGUUUUAAUUGAAAACGGCACAAAAGCAAAAUGACAAUAAGUGCGAAAUUGCCUUCUCUUCUCGUUAUUUCUCAAUGAUGAAGCUGAAGUUCUCAGUUUUUUUCCAUUUAUUCUUCCCCACAAAUAUGUAUCAUGCAGUCCGAGCCAUUACUUUUUUCAUAAGUCACUAUUGAAAAAAAAGUUCUAAUGUCUUUGAUCCGCCGUCUGUUGUAAGAUAAUGGGUACAAUUUGUUUUCCUGCAACUUUGAUUUUUGUCAAAAUAAUAAGAAAGUAUGAAAAUACAUGUUUUCUGUAAAAUAUUGACAAAAAAUAUUUUUGUCAAAGCAUGACAGUUUCUGAAAUGUUUUCUGAAAGGUUAACUGCUUUCGAAAUAGUUUCAUUGAGUUAUCUGAACACUCUGAGUUUCAUUCGUGAAAAAAAAACAUGGUUUUCGAAGUAUGAAGGUUUUUGAAAAUCCACUUUGAAUGAAUUGGAUGACGGAUGUUUGCAUAAAACCAAAGGUCGAGUGAAUGUCGAAGCGUACAUAAAACAACCACCUCCCCUCAAAAAAGGUCAAAAAGUAAUUUUUUUUCCUUUUUUGUCGAAACAUAGACCACGGCUGUAUUUACUAAGAGAAGGCGUUUUCGUAAGCACAAUUCCACCUGCACAGGGAGCAGCCACGCCCCUCGAAGAGUUGCUCGAGCUCCUUCUCAGACGGCAUCUUGUGCUGCACAUUAUCAAGGCUCGUAGGUUUUUCCUCUCAUUAAAUCUUUCAUUGAAUGUAGUAACGUCUUUUAACUUAUAUCAAGCUUCCAGUCCAAAACGUAGUGAUGAAAAUCAACCAUAAAUUCUUCAUAAAUCAUUUCCAUGAGACUCAAAGUUUAAGAAUAAUUCAGAAGCAUUGUAGAUCGCACGUCAUUUUCAUCUUGACUAAAUUCUUUUUUAAAGUUUAAUACCGGAUUCCGACUUUUCUAAUCGAAAAGAUCUUGCCCACAAUGAUGAGUCAAUCUUCCGAUGACUUGCUUGAAUGCUCUUCCUCCUUCGGAAAUCUUACACUUCAUCCUUUUCUCUCCUCGUUUUCUUCUAUGCCAUUUAAUUCAUGCUUUUGAGUUUCAGGUAAAAGUCUACAAUGAAUUGGCUACUUUUGACAAUCCUUUCCUUCCUUCUCAUCGGAAGUGAGUUAUAAUCUUUUCAGACAGUUUUUUUUUUACAAAAUAUUAUUUUCAGGCAGCGUCGGCGAUAUUUUUUCGCCUAUUGAUGAGUACGGCUCAAUCUUCGAUUCAGAUAACAUGCCUCGUCUGGAGAAAAAGUGGCUCCGAAGAGAACCUAGUAUACGGUAACUCUGGAGAAUUUUAUUUUCUCCAAGACACUUUAUUGCAGAUUUGUGAAGCGAGACGGUCGUUGGCCGGCUCUUCCGGAUUAUCAAAUUUUCAACUUUUAA